GGUGAAUAUGACGGACCAAGUGGAGAACGACGACGUCCACCCGUGUGUUUUGGAUGCAAGGUUGUAGGCCACUAUCGAAGUGACUGUUGGCGCUUCUGGACUAACGAUGAAACGAGACGACGCAUGGAAGCGGAUGGCUACCGCUGUCCUCCCAAAUUUGUAAAACGAGGACGAUCGGUAUCACCGCAACAACAAUGUCAAGCGUCUACGAAGUGGUCACCAUCCGAAGAGCCAAGGACAAGUAGCCAACUUGACGACCUUGGCAAGACUGUGGCAGCCAUGGAGGAAUUUGUCGAUUUGGAACUGACACGCCUCGAAGCUAAGGAGUUGAGGAAACGUGAGAAGGAAGCCGCGAAGAAGCGCGAGGAGGAGGAACGAGCAGCAGCUGAGCAACUUCGCUUGGCCGUAGAAGCUAAGAACCAGAAGAAGUUAGAAAAGCAGAGACGUCGAGAGGUCGAUCGUGAAGCUAUUACAAAAGCGGUGGAUGCUCAGGUGACGCUGCUCUUGAGGAACAUACCGGAAGUACUGAAGAGCGAAGUACAGCGGGUAGUACGGGACAUCAUUCCCGAUUUAAAAGGCAAGGAGAAAGUCGUGGAGGAGAACCCCUCUACUUCAACCUCCACGGAAGUACAGGACGUUGUAGAGAGAAUCACCGGGGAUACCAAGAACUUACACAUCUCUGAGAAGUGAGAGAAGGUUAACAACAAUCGUAUUUUUCACCACCACUUCAGGACACCCUUCACCACUUUAGGAUG